UGGGACGGUUGGGAGAUAGUGAGCCACAAGGUGAUCCUCGACAAGUAUUUGGUGGUGGGGGGCAUCGGUGGCGAGCUUGUCAUCGUGGACUUGAUCAGCGGCAAGGUGUUGCGUACCUGCAAGCUGCCCGGCACUUGGGCGAACAACCUGGCGCUCCAUGUGUGGCAAGGACAGCCGAGAUUGAUCGUCUGUAGCAACUCGUUCCUGGAGACUGUUCAAGUAUAUUCCUUUCCCGAUAUGCGGGUGCUCUUGCGCAAGUGGGUGUCCGCCCAACUGCCAGACCCUGAAGAGAUGACGACCAUCAACGGAGUCGCCGUCAGCCCCAACGGCAAGUGGUUGGUCAUGGCUGGAGACUCGCCAUCGGUGUUCAUCUGUGACGUCAGCCAAGGCGAGUACACCUUCGUCCAUGCGAUUCCUUGCCUGGCGGGCAACAAUAACGUCUCGUGGAAUCUCGGCUCGAGCAGGUUUGCGGUCUCCAGCGAGGCCGGUUGCUGCCAGGGUCAGAUCUACAGCAUGCGAGACCAGAACGAACCCAACAGCAUUGUACUGGAACAAAUAGUGUGGAAUCUGGGCAACCCCGAUCGUUCUGACGUGCCGGUCGUGGACAUCGGCCUCAACGCCCGCCAGACGAUCCACCUGCCCGACCACUUGCCCUCCUGCGCUGUGGUCGAGGAUCCCUCGGGCCUGCCCGCCCCCAUCCACACCUUCAUAUCCGGUGGCGCCUUCUCGGCCGACGGGCACAGCUUCUACGUCGGCUCGUCCAACGGCGCCGAGACGGAGCGCGGUGGCUUCCUGUGGGAGUUCCCGCUGCAGGCGGUGCCCAGCCUGAAGGACCUCGUCCUGUCGUUCAUCCAGGGCGGCUUCAGCGAUUACUGGAGCAGGGACCGGUGCGCGCGCACCCUGCCGCCCGACCUGAUGUGCAUGCUCUUCCCGUACGCUCUGGGGAAUGGCGACCAAGGUUGCCGGUGGACCCCGUCGUAA